CACAGCGCAACAACUGACAACACUCGACCUCGCGACAUACCAACUUCCUCAACGCACGACGCGAUCUACCUAUAUCCACUACCCGCGAAGAUGGAUAGCCAGGCCCAAUACACGCCAGGCAUGGUCCGCAUGUGGCGUAUCUACCGUACGACUAAACAGAUGUGUCGCGACAGGGGUUACGAUAUUCCAGUAGAGGACACUGAGAUUUCUCUUGAGGAGUUUGCGCAUAGAUGUCGACGUGAAGAUGGAGAGCCAGAGCGUUCGCAACUGCAUUAUAGUGCCACCCCUACCCAAGAGAUGAUUCACAAGUACACGCCUCCUGCGACCGCGAAAUUCCCCAACCCGGAACCCCAGAUCGGUUCUCUGUGGGUCGAGUUCAACGCCGAUGAGAACGCCGGUCUUAAACAGCUCCGUGAAUACAUGGUCCAUCUUGCCCAAAACAACCAUUACUCUGGAAUUCUGGUCACCAUCAAGCCCAUGACGGGUAUGGCUAUUCGAAUGCUGCGCAAUGCUACAGGUGUUGAUGGACAGGUGCUCGGUGGUGUAGAAGUUUUCGUUGAGCAGGACUUGCUGGUCAACAUCACAAAGCACGAGUUGGUGCCUAGGCACAUUCUCCUCAGCCACGAAGAGAAGAAGCAACUUUUGGAGCGCUAUCGUCUCAAGGAAACUCAGUUGCCCCGAAUCCAAGUCACCGAUCCAGUUGCAAAAUACCUCGGACUGAGGAGAGGUCAGGUGGUCAAGAUUAUCCGUAUGUCUGAGACAGCAGGCAGAUACGCAAGUUAUCGCUGGGCUAUAUGAGCUAUCUCUGGAGCCGCUUCCGGGAAAACUAUUCCGGUUGAUAAAGAUCUGUAUUUGGUUCUGUCCGGAGAAUCACAUGAACCAGUCUUAAGAUUUGGUCCAUCAGCAAGGCGUUUGGCGAUUUGGAUUUAAGCAUUGAAGAGCGUGGGAAAAGGCGUCUGGGACAAACGUCAAUGGCCAAAGCCAUGGAAAUUCCCAAAACCAGUCUGACACUCGCAACUAGUCACAAAGAUGACUUGAUUGUUCCGAUUUAAAGGGCGCAGAGUAUUGUGCAAGAGAUAUGUACUCCUAGCAGUAUCGAUGUUUGUAGACUUAUUACUCGGGUAUAUGCAAAAAAAAAUAUAAUUUCCGUUCACACAACUUCCACGAGCACUUGGG